AUGCCGAGUUCCCCGCUGGCGGCGCUGGAAGAGGCGGAGAGGCGCCUCGGGCGCCUCUCCGUCACGCCCGCGCGCGUCGAUGGCGGCGCCCUACGGUGCGGUGGCUGUGGAGAGCGCGUGACCGGCCGCUACCUCGUCGCCCCGAAUAAAAAAGCUUUUCACCCGGACUGUCUGAGGUGCGAGCUGUGCGGCGCCGAGUGCAAGACGUUCGCGUCGGACCCGAAGAGACCGAACGUGCUGUGCUGUAUGGGGUGCUACGAUGAUCGAUACGCCGAGCGAUGCACGCGGUGCGAUAGACCUCUGAAGGGCGAGAUUCUCACCGCGCUCGGAGGAAAACAUCGCUGCCACGUCAAGUGCUUCACGUGCGACCUCUGCACCGAGCCGAUCGCGAGCAAGUUCGUCGAGCACCCGCCGGCGUCCGGGCGAAUCAUCUGCGAGCGAUGCCACGUGGACAAAGUUUGCGAGAAGUGCGACGGGUGCGGCCGGGGGAUGAGCGGCGCGUUCGUGCGCGCGCUCGGCGGCAAGUACCAUCGCGAGUGCUUCAGGUGCCGUCGAUGCUCGCGGGACGUCACCAGCCGGUACGUCGAGGGGCCGGACGGCGCGCCGUACUGCCGCGGAUGCCACGUCAAAAUAUUCGCGCCCAGGUGCGCGUGCGGCUGCGGCGAGGGGCUGGAGGGCAGCGUGACGUCCGCGAUGGGCCGCAAGUUCAUCGAGGGGCACUUCAAGUGCACGGACUGCGCACGGGAGUUCAGGCGAGGCAAAUUCAACCGCGUGCGCGACUCCAAGGAUGGGAAGGACGAGCGAGCGGUGUGCGAGGGGUGCUACCAGAAGACGUACGCGCCCCGAUGCGCCGUGUGCGCCGUCGCGAUGGCCAGCGGCGAAUCGUACGUCAGGAACGCCACAUCCGACGAGGCGAUGUGCGAGCGAUGCGACGCCGCCCCGGGCAGCGUCUGCGACGACUGCGGGUUCUGCGUUACCAAAGAGUUUCAGACGAAGCAGCGCCGAGCCGGGUUUCGAAACGAGACGGACGGCGCGACGAGGACCGCGAGGAGGGCGUCCGGCGGGCACGCCGUCAUCGGGCAGUGCGAGGCGUGCGCGCGUGAGGCGGUCAACGACGACGUCGUCGCGGCUCAUCUCAUGAAUCGCGUCAUUCGCUUCUGUUCCCACGCGGGCGCGAGGUACGCGCCGGGGGAUCAGACGGUCGCGGUGCAGCUCGUGACGGCCGAUCGGCUCGCCCGCGCCGCUGAUAAACGGCACGCAGGUCCGAACGCGAACGGCCCGCGGGGGGUGACGCGCACCAAGAUCACGCUCGAAGGAAGGGCGCCCCCCGAGGAGUGGAAGAAGAUCAUGCUCGGUUGGAAGCUCGAGCGACGCGGAUCCGGGUACGAGCUCUCCGAAGACAACGGCUCUUCCCCGGGCGACGCCUCCUGCCCGACGGACCGAACCCCGGUGAAGGGCUCGUGCGAUCUCGCGGACGCCAGCCCUGGGUCCAUUCAGCGCGCGGCGCAGCUGGCGCGAAGCCACCCGGAUGUCAGCGUCGAGGAAAAACGCAUCUUGAAAGGGGUCGUCGCGCUGAAGGGCAUGAGCUCGGACGCGCUCGGCGCGGUGCUCGCGCACGAGUACGGCCACUGCUACCUGUUCAUGCGAAAGUUUCCGCUGCUGCCGCUGGCGAUGGAGGAGGGCGUGUGCGAGCUGUUCGCGUGGCUGUGGCUGGGCGGCGGUAGGUGGGACCGGGGCGGAGUGGAGGGGUCCAACCCGAAGGGGGACCCGAGGGUCGCCGCGUGGGCGGAGCGAAGGCGGCGGCAGAUGGAGGUCAGAAAGGAUCCGGUGUACGGCGACGGGUUCAGGGCGGCGCUACGAGGGUACGAGGCGUGCGGGGAGAACCUGUGGACGUUCUUGGAGCACCUCAGGGUCCACGAAUCUUUCCCGGCGUGA